AUUGCGAGUUGCCAUCAUGCCUGAGCCCGCGAAGUCUGCGCCGGCCCCGAAGAAGGGCUCCAAGAAGGCGGUGACCAAGGCGCAGAAGAAGGACGGCAAGAAGCGCAAGCGCAGCCGCAAGGAGAGCUACUCGGUGUACGUGUACAAGGUGCUCAAGCAGGUGCACCCCGACACCGGCAUCUCGUCCAAGGCCAUGGGCAUCAUGAACUCGUUCGUCAACGACAUCUUCGAGCGCAUCGCCGGCGAGGCGUCGCGCCUGGCGCACUACAACAAGCGCUCGACCAUCACGUCGCGCGAGAUCCAGACGGCCGUGCGCCUGCUGCUGCCCGGCGAGCUGGCCAAGCACGCCGUGUCCGAGGGCACCAAGGCCGUCACCAAGUACACCAGCUCCAAGUGAACAGUCUCUUACUUUCAGAAACCCAAAGGCUCUUUUCAGGGCCACUUACUUUCUGGCUUAAAGCGCUGUAAGACAUCUUAAUUGGUAAC